AUGGCGUUCGUCUACAAACCAUCAGACAGGCCCUUUCUCCGCGUAGCUGCCGAAACCGGAGCAGCUGUCGCUCGGCUCAAAUCGGCGCGCCUCGUGACGCCAUCGCUCGUGGAAGCGUCGCCCAGAAUUUGGACAGUCGCGGUGCUAUCAGCAAGAACGGAGACCGUAACAUUAGAGACAAUGGCAGAAGAGAUGACGGACAGAACGGCAGAGAUGGUAGAGGUUAUGGCAGAAACGACAGAGGCGCACGAUGUCGAUGGUCUGACACCCGACCAAAUCAAAGUCAUCAUCCAGGAAGAGAGCGUCAAGAUUGAGAACGGCUCCUACACCGCCGCCUCGCCUACCGUCAUCUCACCUGCCGCCACCUCGCCUGCCGUCACCUUGCUCGCCGUCGCAUCGCUCGCCGCCGCUUCAGCCUUGAUGGACGACCCUGACGCCGCCCGCUUGAAGCUAGGAAACCUGGUCAAGGAGAUCAUCGCCGUCCAAGCCACUGUCACCAAGCUCAAGGGUGCCGGCGAGCAGGCAACCAGGGGUCUCGAAGAGGCGAGAAAGUCAAUGACUCAUGCUGAGUUGAUGGUGCAAAAGUCCAUGGAGGAGCUCAAGGGCGUCGGCGACGCCCUCGAACGUGCCAACACGAUCGCCGGAGACCUGAAGGUCGUUCACGCCCGCAUGGCUGACGACAUGUCCCCUUCGGCCCGCACCUCCGCCCGCGCUUUCGUGACCCCUCGUGGAGUCGCCUCUCGCCCUACCAGCGUCUCGGACCAGAUCCUGGGCUCUCCUCCCAAUACCUGGCAGCGUAACCCCUUCCAGUAA